CGACUCAUUUCACCGCCGACUCCGUCCGAGCAGCUCGGUCCUCCUGCGGCUCCUCCGUCUCACUAAAGUGGACUUUCCGUUUUUUAGGAACCUUUUUAAAGUGCCAACAGAGCCGGAGCGGCGCGGGAGGAGCACGCGGAGCCACGAGGAGAACUUCCACCCCCACUUUGCUGCUCCGGAGCCGGCGGAACUGAGGUUUCACAACCGCACUCCUCGCCCUCUUUUACCUUCUUCUGUUUGUUUUUGCCAAAUCGCUUUUUUUCCCGAGCGCGUGAAGUUGUGCACGCGGGCACCAUGACUCGGAGAUCGUGCUGCAUUUACGCCACGGGGAUCGUCAGCGCUCACCUCCUCAUCGUGGGCAUCGCCUUGGUGGUGGCUCAGGUCUUCCAAACCAUGAUCCACAACCGCCUGAAGCAGGAAAUCACGCUGACGGAGAAGAGUCAGGUGUUCGAGUCCUGGAAGAACCCCCCUCCACCCGUCUACAUGGAGUACUACUUCUUCAACGUGACCAACCCCUGGGAGUUCCUCCAAGGCAAGAAAGCUUCUGUGAAGCAGAUCGGCCCGUACACGUACAGGGAAUACAGGCCGCGGGAAAACGUCACGUUCCUGGAGAACGGCACCAAGCUCUACGCCCUGAACCCCAAAACCUUCGUUUUCGUGCCAGAGAAGUCCGCUGGUAACCCCGAGGUGGACGUGGUCACCACCAUCAACAUCCCCUUCGUGGCGGUGAUGAACGAGCUGAACUCCUACUCCUUCUUGCUGCGGAGCAUGGUCUCCGUCUACAUCUCCUCCCUGGGCGUGGACGUCUUCAUGAACCGCACCGUCCACGAGAUCCUGUGGGGCUUCAAGGACCCACUGCUCUCCAAAAUCCACAACAUGCGGCCCAGCGUGGACGAGCACUUCGGCCUGAUGUGGAAGAAAAACGGCACUCAUGAAGGAGAAUUCGUCUUCCACACCGGCGAGCAGAACUAUCUGGACUACGGCAAAAUCGACACGUGGAACGGCCUGAGGGAAAUGUCCUGGUGGUCGUCCAACCAGAGCAACAUGAUCAACGGAACGGACGGCGCCGUCUUCCACCCGCUCAUCAACCGGAACGAGCUGCUGUACAUCUUCGCCGCCGAUCUCUGCAGGUCCAUCCACCUGGCGUACGUGGAGGACGUGGAGGUGAAGGGGAUCCAGGCGUACCGCUUCGCCCCCCCGGCAGACGUCCUGAUGAACCCCAAAGACAACCCCACCAACGCGGGCUUCUGCGUGCCGGCCGGAGACUGCCUGGGCACCGGCGUGCUGAAAGUCAGCGUGUGCCGAGAAGGCGCUCCCAUCGUGGUCUCCUUCCCUCACUUCUAUCAAGCCGACCCCGAGUACAUCAACGCCGUGGAGGGGAUGAACCCCAACAAGGAGGAGCAUGAGACGUACCUGGACCUGCAGCCUACCUCAGGAGUUCCCAUCCGCGCCUGCAAGAGAGCUCAGCUCAACGUCAUCGUGAAGAGAAUCCCGGGCUUCCCAAAAACUCGUCACAUCAACGAGACCAUUUUCCCCAUCAUGUUUGUGAACGAGACGGCGACCAUCGACGACGAGUCGGCAGCGCAGAUGAAGACGCUGCUCCUCAUCGUCACGCUGGUGUCAAACUUCCCCGUUUUCAUCGUGGGCAUGGGCAUCAUCCUGCUGCUCGUGCUCGUCGUGCUCUUCUGCCGAAACCGCCAGAAGAAGAACGAAGUAAAACGUAUUGAUUUUAAUGAGGCUUUUCCUUCUUUUGCUACGGGGAAAGACGACACGGCGUACACGCAGGUCAGCAACAAACCCGACGAGAGCGCGGAGACGCCGGCCGGCCAGAUGAUCCGGAACGGCUCCUACAUCGCCCUGUCGCCGGUGGACGCGCAGAAGUGCUGAUCCGGGAUCCCUCGUCUCCAGCUCAGGGAGGCUGAGGGGGCAGCACCGGGUGGGGGGAUGGGCGGGACCAUUCGGGGAAACACCGGGACACGAACCUCACCCACACCCUCACCUCCAUCACCCCGGACACUGAGUGGGCGUGGCCAACUCCAGACUCCUCCCCUCUCCUCGUCAUCAGUGUUGUGAGGAGCAGACUGAGCCUCUUCAGUCAGAACCGUCUGCAUCCUCGGACGCUUCAAAGGCAAAUAACAAAAAAACACUAUUUUUAAGAGAAAAUGAGCCAAACUUUAGCUAACUCUGACCCGGUGUGAACACUUUGCACUUGUAGGCUUUAGCGGAUGAAACUUUUCUGCCGUUCCUGCUGAGUUCUGGUUCCUGCUCUCUGCCAAACCUUUUCAAACGGCUUCUUCGCCUCUGAAGCCGUCUGCUGUGAACGUUUCUCGGGAAAAGCUGCACUUUUUUUAUUUUUGUCACGCAAACAAACAAAAACAAAAAAAAGGAAAGAAACGCCCACAAAACUUACAAGGGAGACUUGAGCCGGUUUCUGCCUUACAGCGAAAACCUCUGACCAAAGCCGGCGGCGCGGCGGGCGGUCUGCGGCGCCGCCGCUGUUACAUUUCCUGGGAAGCACAGUAAGGACGGAUGGAAGCGGCCGUCACGCCGUUUGUAAUCUGAAGUGCGGCGCCGGCAGGUCUGCCCACACGCCGCUCGGAAAGCUCCCCGCACUCUGCCCGGAAAACUGUGUCCGUGGUGGUCCGGCUCGUCUCAGCGUCCCGACCCGCGUCGCUCGCCGGCGCCCCCGUGUUCCGUCUUUUCUACACUUUUUGUAUUUGUUGUUGCUGCUAAACGCCAUUGGCCCGUCUGCGGAGGGCCGGGGGGGGGUCGUGUGCUCCGCUUCAGGUUGAACUUCAAGGGCUCCUCCAAAGUCCUGGACCCCUCCCUCCGCAUUGCCAACGUCCGAACACCUGAGCACAAGAGCCCAAAGCGUUCUGCCACUUUUGGAUCAGCGGUUACAGUUAGUGUUCUGGAGCUCCGCCUCCAGCGAUGGUGGUCGGUUCAUUUCAAGAGGGGGUGGGGGUCACACCCCCGAAAGGCUCCUGGACCUUCAGGGUUUUGGUUGUAGCACCGUGGUGGAGGAUUUCCUCUUGUUUCUUAAGAGAUCAGCUGAUUGGCCCCUCCCACUAACAGCUGAUGAAAACCUUCAGUGUGUGUGGGGGGCGGGGUUUAAAGGCGAUAGUAUUGAAAAUAUUAGCGUUUCGUUCCUCGCCGCGCUCACGGCGGCCGCCUUCUACAAACCUGAGAGCCCUUAACCCGGAGAGACGGCGGGCUGAGCCGCCGCCCCUCUCCACCACGCCGACCUCUCCCGUCCUUCAGGCCUUUGGCCCCGCCCCCUGACCAAAGACGCCCCAUAGAUCGGUCCAGGAGCUGCGUUUACUCUAAGCGGCCGUGCCACAAAACCACCGCCUACUUUACAAAAAGAGGAUUUGUGCCACCACUGAAGUGUGCGUCUGUGUGCGUUUGUGUGUGUGUGUGCGUCUCCCAUCACGGCCAGAUCAACGAAAGCAGAAAACUGACGGGUAUUUGUGUUUUUCUUCCACCUUUGAAGUUAAAAUAUCAAGUUUGAGCUGCAAGGAUCUCAGUAUUAUGUUUAAAAAAAAGCAAUAUAGUUGUUAAAAUGAUGAAUUAAAAAUGGGGAUUUUUUUUGUUUAAAGAACCACAAACUUUAAAGAGGAACAUUUCUGCUUUGUGUUGCUUCGUUUUUGUGUUUCUCCUUCUCUUGGUAGUGUGAUCUAGUGUUGUGCAUUUAUCACUACAAGCUGCAUUUCAGAGUUGAAGUGAAGGUUUGUGCGGCUGCGACUGCGGCUGCGACUGCGGCUGCAGCUGCAGCUUUGGUUCCUGUAGAACUGGAAGGCGGAUUAUCUCGUGACGCGCUCGUGCUGUGAUGACUCAGAUGAAUGAAGCCUCCUUCAGGGAUGAGCGCUCGUGCCAUGGCGCCCUGUCGUCGGCGCGUGUCCAGAACAGCCACACCUCCCUGUUUUUGAUAUCCUAACAUUUCAUUUCAGACGUCUACUAAUUUGUUUUGCUACUGAAAAUGACAAUCCCCUUUUGUCAUGUUAGGGGCAAAAUGAUUUCCAAGUUAAUAUUUUUAGUUUUGAUAUUUUACACUGCACAAAUGUUUCUACAAUGCUUUUGUAAACAUUUCUAGUGUAUUUCCAAAAAAGGAUGAAAUAAAAGUUGCAUUAAAGUGCAAAACGUU